GCCGAAAAAUACCGAACAUGUACUGCAUGUAGCAUAGUGUCGUGCACAACCAAGUGACGUACGUGGAAUCUGGAAGGAUCUUUUCAUACUCCUGCUUUAGUCAACAUUCCGUCUGAACCUGAAAGACACAAGACGCCAUGCCAGUAUCACCGGACAAUCUCAUCAAAGUGCUCAUCGAAGUGGCAGAGGAGAAAAAUGGGAAAAACGACGAGAAACGGAAAAGGAAAAGUUGGGUUGUCGCCAUUUUGUCGACGGGAGCAGGCGCAGGGGUUGGUGCAGCUAUCGGUGCUGGUGUUGGAGCCAUUGUAGGCUGCGGUGGCGGGCUCGUUUUGGGAGGCGCCUUUGCCUACUGGAAUCGCCAAAAGCUCCACACUGUUCCCGAGACACUGAAACCCUUGGGCAAGGAGAGGAAGAAACAACUCCUGGACCACUUUAAGAACCACAUUUUGGAUCUGGGUUCAGAUAGCUGCGAUUCUGCCAAGCUGAGAGAGCUGCUAAUGGGAGACAGUAACGCAAAGGAGAGAACCAUUAACUUACUGAAGGGAUUCUUUGAAAACGUUCUGCUGAUGGAUGUUCACAAGUUCACCGCUUUUCAGUAAAUGGUAAAACUAAAAUGGCAAUGUAAAUUUCUUUGACAGUGCGGCGCGUUUUUAAGUUAUUCGCUACCUCGUCCCCAGGUCUUAUUUUCAGCCUCGUUUCCAAUAGUAAGCCCUGGGAUGGACACUUCCUUCCUGUAUCCUGAUUCGAUACCGCAAUUAGCAGGUAAUGCAUUUAUAUCGUGUAUUUGGUGGUGUUAUCCAUCGUGUAUUUCGUGUUUUCACGUUCAUUGUAAUU